GAACCACACACGUCCUCCUUCCUGUUUACACGGAGAUACCCAUCUCCUCCCAUCUCUUUAUUGUAGAUGUGAAAAAUCAUUCGUUUGUCCCGGUUUUCCUAAAUUGAGAAAGCGGAUGCUCUGAGUAGAUCUAGAUAUAAAUUUGCAGUUAGGCAUAAGUAAUCUGAGUCAUCAAGAGGUAGAGACAAAAGUUGGCAUACAACUGUGUACAUUUUGUUGAAAAUCUUUGGUGGGACUCAUUUAAUACCAACUAGUUGAAUAUGGACAUAACAGCGUUGAAGAAAAACUGUGAGGCUGCAGGUCAAGGUCACCUGCUACAGUUCUGGGACAAUCUGAAUGAAGAUCUCCAGAACUCCUUAGCCAAUGAAAUUUCAAACAUAAAUCUUGAUGAGGUCAAUGAAUAUUUUAAAGAAGCAGAGCUGUCUCUGAAAGAUUCCAAUGAAAAGAUAGACGACCACCUCCAGCCAUUGGAGCCUGCUGUCUGUGGCAGUGUGGCCAGGAGCAGUGAAGAGCUGUUAAAAAAAUACGAGAAUAUUGGCCUGACUGCCAUAGGCAACAAUGAAGUGGCUGUGCUGCUGUUGGCAGGGGGUCAGGGCACACGGCUGGGGGUUCCCUACCCUAAAGGAAUGUAUAACGUUGGCCUGCCCUCAGCCAAGACACUGUACCAGAUCCAGGCAGAGAGAAUUGUCAAGCUGGAGAAAAUGGCUGAAAAAGAAACAGGAAAAUCUUGCAAUGUGCCUUGGUACAUCAUGACAAGUGAACAUACCAAAGAAGCUACAGAUUCUUAUUUCCGUAGCCAUAACCAUUUUGGCCUUAACAAAGAAAACAUAAUUCUGUUUGAGCAGAGCUUACUCCCUUGUUUUGAUUUUGAUGGAAAAAUAAUUUUAGAAUCUCAGUCAAAAGUGGCCUUGGCUCCAGCUGGUAAUGGAGGUCUGUACCAGGCUCUCAGAGACCAGGGUAUCCUGGAUGACCUGUCCUCUCGUGGUGUCAAGUAUGUCCAUGUUUACUGUGUAGAUAAUAUACUGGUCAAAAUGGCUGACCCUGUUUUUAUUGGAUUUUGUCUAACCAAAGAUGUGGAAUGUGGGGCUAAGGUGGUGGAGAAAACAAUCCCUAAGGAGGCAGUUGGGGUCGUGUGCAAGGUCAAUGGCAAGUACCAGGUGGUUGAGUACAGUGAGAUCACUUUAAGGACUGCCGAGAAAAGAACAGCAGAUGGCAGAUUACUGUUUAAUGCUGGAAAUAUAUGCAACCAUUUCUUUAAAGUUGACUUCCUCAAGUUUGUUUGCUUAAAAGAAAACGAGACACAGUUGAAACACCAUGUGGCCAAGAAAAAAAUUCCUUAUGUUGACUCCAAUGGCCAGUUACAAAAGCCAGAUGCUCCUAAUGGGAUUAAAAUGGAAAAAUUUGUGUUUGAUGUUUUUCAUUUUGCUCAUGCUAGGAAUUUUGCUGUCUGGGAAGUGCUUAGGGAGAAUGAGUUUUCUCCCUUGAAAAAUGCAGAUGGGCAGCCAAAAGACACACCCACCACAUGUCGCAAUGACCUAAUGAGCUUACAUCACCGGUUUGUGCUGGCUGCAGGUGGAAAGUUUGUCCACUCUGAUGGUACACUUUACACAGACAUACAGAGAAACAAUAACAAUAAAGAAAAUGGUAACAAUUGUCAACAAAGUCAGGAUGAGGAAGACACUAUUGUUUGUGAAGUUUCUCCUUUAGUUUCUUAUUAUGGAGAGGACUUGGAAAGCAUUGUGAAAGAUAAGUCAUUUAAACCCCCUCUGCUUAUAGAAUUAGGGGAAGACAACAAACCCACAGUGUUAAAGCAAGGGAGCUAAUAACAUUUUAAAAUUUAUAAAUAGAAUUAUUAGAAUUAUAUUUUUGAACAAUUAUGCAAAAAUGCCUUUUCUGUAUUAACUUUGUUAAAUUACAUAAACCUAUUCAAUUAACACAUCUUGAAAGGAGUUAUUAACAAAGUUCAACCAUCUAAAAGAACAUCCAGAACACAAAUUAAUGUGACCUUUAACUUACUCUUCAACUAAACAUAGACAAAUUAAGUAUGUUCUAUGGUGAAUAAUGUUAAAAUAGAGCUAAAAUGACAGUUUGUUUUCAUCUAUUGUAUUUUUAAGAUACUAUGUAUACAAAGUUGACACCUGAACAGGAUGAAGCAUGAAAUACAUGAAAAAUUUUUAAGAAAGAAUUGUAAAUAUGCUUUGUAAUAAAUUGUAUUUUUUUUUAUUUCUGUUUUGUAUUUUUGAUGGGGUCUUCCUUAAUAUUUUUUUUUAGUAACAGACAUUUUCAGUUGUGUAUACUUUAUUUUAUUUAUUGCUUUCAUGUCACUCAUAAUGAUCAUGCAAUGAAUAAUAAACCAAAAAAAUUAAUUUACUCACAUCAUCUGUUUAGACAUUAGCUUUUCAAUUUUGGAAAAAUGAUUGUAAUGCCAAAAUUUCACUGCAAGUGUUUAAAAUGUAUGUUCUUCAAAUGUUUGUUGAAGUUAGGUUUCCGUUUCAACUACUCAAGAAAGUAAUUUAACCAUGCAUUUUUUAACAUUUGGCAAUGUCUUUAUUUUCCUCUAAGUUCUUGUAUCAAGGAGUUUAUAACACAAAUUCUAGCUUUUUGGAGACCAUUUAUGGUUUGCUAUUCUGGUGAUCAAGUUAUUUUAUUGAGUGUAGUAGACUAGAAUAAUGUACAUUGCUGUUUUAUUUGUUUCAGAGUGGUUGAUAUUUUUUAGAAUUGAAAAGCUAUGUUAUUAUUAAGGGAAAUCAAAAGAAUGCCAAUAGACAGAAUGAGUUUUAUUUAUUUAGGUUUGGUUCUUUGUAUUUUAGUAUGUUGAUGAAUAGUUACUUGUCUUAGGUGGGUUUGGUAAUAGACUCUAAACUUAUUUUCAUAUCUAAAGACCUCAUCUUUUUUAAAUUUUAUUUUCAAAAUAAACUUUGUCAUUCCUGAAAUAGAUAUUCAGUUUUGGGGACCACAUGUUGUAUUUUGUGCAUAUUAUUCUUGCUAUUGUGAUGACCAGCAUCUGGUCCAAUUCAAAUUAGAUUUAAAUUGCUUAUAAUUUCCACUGAUAAAUUGUUGAUUCUGUUGAAGCUGUUUGAAACAGUGCUUCCUGUUAGAUCACCAAGCUGGAUCUGAUGUGGUGGGAUUUUUUUAUCUUUAACUUAUGAUUAACACAAUUUAAAUGUGGAUUUAAUUUUGAUAAUUGUUUUUGUUAAAUAUAAGAAUGAGGGGAACAAUAAACUGGGAUGCAGUUAACUGAAAAAAAUUACAUUUUUUUUUUGUUUAAUUGUUUUGUAUUACAAUAUUUGUGCUGGUGUCAUAAUUCAUAAUCUAUAAAUUUUGUAUUUUCGCUAUAAUUCUAUAAAUGGUAUUUAGUAAAUAAGUUGUCUGGUUAUGAGAAGAAAUGUUUAACAGAUUCUAAAAAAGUAAAGAAUGCAAGUCAAAUAAUUGUUUAUCCUUUAA